CAAAGUUCAACAUCUGCAGAAACCGUUAUUUGACUUGUGUGAAAGAUGCCAGGUAGAGGGAAAAAGAGAGGUCGAAGUUCAGGUUCAGGUUCUACAGAUGUCACACCAGACGCUAAGAAAAGAGUUAUCAUUCAAGAUAAGGAUAAUUCCAAAAAUAUCAAAGUAACACAUCACACACACCCAGAUUUUACAGUGCCUGGUAUCCCUCUUACAUUGGGGGAAGGAGAUGUCGGCCAGCUUGGACUGGGAGAAGAUAUCAUGGAGAGGAUGCGUCCAGCACUUGUAAAACUUGAUGACAAAAUUGUACAAGUGUUUGCAGGGGGUAUGCACACAGUGUGCUUAACCAACAAGGGAGAGAUAAUUACAUUUGGUUGCAAUGAUGAAUCAGCACUUGGAAGAGAUACUUCAGAAGAAGGGUCAGAGAUGUACCCAGCCAAAUUAAACCUACCUUACAAAGUUAUUCAAGUUAGUGGUGGAGAUAGUCAUACAGCUGUUUUAACUGAAGAUGGCCAUGUGUAUGCCUGGGGUAACUUUCGUGAUGCAAAUGGAUCAAUGGGCCUAACCUCUGGUGGUAUAAGGAAAGAACCCCUUGAGAUGUGUCCAGGGGAGACUGUUGUAAAAAUAGUGUCUGGAGGAGAUCAUUUAGUCUGUCUAACUAACAAAGGGGAAAUAUUUACAGGAGGCUGCGCAGAACAAGGCCAGUUAGGAAGAGUAGCUGAGUGCUUUGCAGGACGAGGAAGCAGGAGGGGUGUAGAUUCUAUAUUAAAAAUGGGGCCUGUACGGUGCCGAAUACACAGUAGUAGAAAGCAUGCCACAUUUUCAGACAUCUGGGCAGGACAAUAUGUUACCUUUGCCAAAGAAAAAGAGUCCGGUGAUAUUUAUUCUUGGGGACUUAAUAACUACUUUCAGAUAGGCUUUGAUGAUAUGCAGAACAGAUUUAUACCAGAGUGGGUUCCAUCAUUUGCAGCUCAUAAUAAACAAUGGACCAAAAUCCAAGCAGGACAACAUCAUACCAUGUUGUUAGAUGAGGAAGGAAAAGUGUAUACGAUAGGAAGAGCAGAGUAUGGCAGGUUAGGAUUGGGUGAGAAAAGUGGAGAAAUGUCAGAGCCCACACUAGUAACAAAAUUAAGUGAUAAGUGUAUAGACAUUGCUGCUGGACAGUCUGUGUCGCUGGCAUUAACAGCAGAUGGUACUGUCUAUGGAUGGGGCAUGGGAACUAGUAGACAGCUUGGUACAGGAAAUGAGGAGGAUGUAUGGGAACCAGUCAAGAUGUCGGGGAAACAAUUGGAAACCAGAACUGUUGUGGGUAUAUCGGCUGGAGGACAGCAUACAGUUUUAUUAGCAAUAGACAAAUAGACAAAAAGACAAAGUCAUAGCAAUAGAAAAUGUCAGGCAGAUUCCAGGCUGUAAAUGUUUGAAUGAAUAAGAAUGUUAAAUGAAAGUAUAAGAUAAUAAUUAUUGGAUAUGAUUGUUUCCAUUUAAAGUAGAAAAAAUUUAAAACAAGUUUAAUGUUUGACAGAAUGUUCUUAUUAAUGUCUGGCUUGUUGCAGAAUGCGAAACAUAGGGAUUACAAAUUAAAACAUCUGUGAUAUAAUUUUUUUCAAUUUCAAAUAUCUUGCUGUAUAGCAUCUUGUCUGUCAAUAAAUAGCAACAUUGUAUUUAACAUGUUGUUUAUUUAAAAAAUAAGAUGCAAAUAAACUAAAUUUUUGUCAAAAAGUCUUUAUUUAUAUUUUGAUAACAUGAAUUCCAAUACAGAAGUUCCUUAGUGUUGAUUAAUGGCAAACAUGCUUAUGGGAGUAUUUUUACUUUCUUAUAUGGAAGCUGCCAUCAGACAUUCUAUGAUCUUAUCCUAGGUUUUAACCAUGGUUUUAUACAGUUUUAUCUUUGAAGUUGAUUCAGAAUCAUAACAGGCAGCAAACACAAUAAAGAUCAAUGGUGAUAUUGAUGAUCACAUAGAAUGAAAUGGUAUUGUAUGUAUUUGUGUACGUGUGAAAUGACUUGCUGAGCAAAUUUGACAAAUUUUAUAACAUAACCAAAAAGUUUUAUAUAUUUUUAGUGCCAUUGUUUUGUUACAUUAUAGGUCUCACCAGAUUUUCAAUUGAUUUUUAACUUCUGUUUUCAACAAAUAUUGAAUAUUGUUUUUGGCUUAAACAUCUGAUUUAAACAAAAAAAUAUAUCUCAUACCUGAUUGUCAUGAUUGUAGUGACAUUUCUUCUUCAUUUCUUCUAAAAAAAAAAAAAUUUGUGAAUAUUGAAAUGAAAAAACUUUACGGUUGGUUACUCUUUAUCUAACUUUAAAAGGUAAAACGUAUACAUUUUGUUUUUUGUUUGAUAUUUGUUUCCUGAAAAUGUAAAAGAGUUGCUGAUAGCAUAUUUAAGUCCAACUUUAAAAUAAAAAAUUGAACUGUUGCUGCCAUAGAAUAGAGGAAAGAUCAGGAAAUAAUUGCUUUACAUGCAAUGUUUACUGUUUUUUUUUACCUCUUCCACUCCAUAUAAGAAAUUUUGCUUAUGUAUUCAUGGGACUUUUUAUCAACCCUUUUUCAUAUUAAAAAGAGAAAUAAAUUUUUAUCUUUAUUUGUUUCACAAAAAAAUAAUUCAACCACCUUAAAUACAUCAAUGUAUAUUUAGUAAAAGUAAAAGCUAGGUAUCAAUAAAAUGUGAAAUUCAUUCAUACUUCAUUUAUAAUGGCUGUUGUAAUAAAACUGAAAACAAGUAAUACGGAAUUAAACCUGUUCUAAUGAAAUUUUGGUUUCUUCAACCUUAAGAUUGUGGGCCAGGAAAUUAGGGUGAUAUUUUGAUACCCAAUAAACAGACAAUACUGAUCACUGUUAGUUUAUGGUAUGUACUUGAAAAAUACUCUACAACAUUGUCUACUGAUCUUGCAUUUCCUUAUUUGGAAUAUAAAACAAGCUGGUUUUUUUUGAUUUGCCAUACAUGUGGAUUUAUUUUAAUUCGUUUAUUUUCUGUUAGCUUAUCCUGUACUCUUUAUUCUGCCUUAAGAAUAUAAGAUAUAUUGAUUCUACCACUGCAUCAAAUGUGAUACAAUAUUUCUGAGAUCUGAGAAAGUAUAAAUUUGCCAAGAAUAAGUGAAUACAUUUUUUAUUCAUACCUCAGGUUAUCUACAACUUCCCUAAUCUCAGGGUCAAUCAUAUAUCAUUGUAUGACAUGUAAUAAGAUCUUACUUAUAUCAUUGUAUGACAUGUAAUAAGAUCUUACUUAUCUCAUUGUAUGACAUGUAAUAAGAUCUUACUUAUAUUUUUUAUUGUCAAAUGAAGUCAUUUGUAAAACUGUUUGUCUACAACAUUAAUGAUAUGCAUGUAACAAGCUUUAACCAUUAUUAUGUUUGAGUAGAUAUAAGUUCCUUCCAAAUAGCUCAUUUAUUUCUGGAAAAUUCCUUAUAAAAAUUGUUACCAUUUAAUUUUGAAUACUUACAUAUUAGUUAACUUUAUAAUAUUGUUUUUAACUAAGAAAUAUAUAUUUUUGCUUGAAACAGAAUUGAAAUUAAUUGAAGCAUGCUAUUUUAGGACUGUUACCAUCAAAUGUAUCAAAUCAUUUCAUAAUUAAAAAAGUUAAUAUAUCAAGUUCAUGCCACGUAGAUUUCUGACUAGUAUAACCUUGGUCUUUUAAGGUAUGAAUUAACUCUCCUCAUAAUAAGAAAUAUUAUCCAGUAUUUAGCAAAUCAUCAGAGGAAAUUUGAAUUUAAACAUAGAAAAUUUGGGUAUAUUAUAUUUAAGGGUCGGAGCGUUCUUCUCAGACUGUUAACAGAUAAUGACAUCUUUUUACAUCACAACAUCAGAUCAGACAUUUUUGUUUAUAUAGAAUUUUGACUGGUGAAUGACCAAUGCUAGUCUGACUGACAGCAUAAUUGUGUCAUUAUUAACCAUAUAUAUAUAUAUAUAUAUAUAUAUACCACAAUGUUAUAGCAGUGAAUUAAUUUUAUGUGAGGAAGCUGAUAGAAUAUUGUAAGCAAUAAUAUAGCAGACAUUAUUUUUAAUAGUUCACAUGUACUUUAUUGAUAGAACUUAAAGGUUUAUUGACUAACUGGAAUUAAAUAAUUAUAUCCACUGAAAUUGAAACCCCUCAUGGUUGUUAAACAACUUUAAUUACAUCAAUGAAUUCAUAAUGAAUUUUUAGAUUUCAGCUAUUUUUAUAUAAAUAUGAAAUGAUCUCUGCUGAAAGUGAAGAUAUAGUAAUAACUUGGUUCAUUUUUAGAAAGUUACAAUUGAUGUAUGUUUGUUUAUUUGUGAAAUGUGCUGCACUUGGUGGAAAUGUAUAAUUUUUUAGUAACAAUUUUGCAUGUGCUCAUUUUUUCCCCUAAAAAAUUGUAUUCAGUUCAAUAUUGUAACUUUUUAGCCAUUAUAAUUUUUAUGAAUUAAAAUAUAAAACAAUGUU